GUCCUUGUGCUUCCCACUUGUUUCUUCUUGCCUUAGUGGGACCCCCGUCGUCGCAGGACCGACACGUUUUUUCUUCUCCAAACCCUUGGGACAGAAGAGAACGGGUAGUUCUGGAUCUUGAUUUAAUCCCUCGAGUCCCGUCCACCUGGUCAGCGAAAGAUGGAUGCAGAGACGCUGUACACCCUGGCCUUUUGGACUGCAAGCGUGCUGUAUGUCGUGAAUAGUCUUGGGAUCGACUCUUACGUCUUCAACGGGUCCCCGUACGCAAAGUUCGGGAAAUUUCUGUCGAGCGUCGGGAUUGUCAUCAACGAUUUUAAAUCGGCAAGAUACUACAAGCCAUGGAACACGACCAAGCCGAUCAUCGUGUCCACCAAGAAGCAGAUCUCGGAGCUUAGCGAAGCCUACACGGUGUUGUCACAGCGGGCUGUGUACGCUGAUAUGUUCGGCUUUAAGCACACACUGAACAACUUCAACCAUAACGAGGUUACCCUCCAAAAGUCCCGCCUUUUCGGUCGCCUCAUCCAGGUCAAUGGGGUUAGUAACUUGCCUAAGAUAUAUCCAUAUCUGGCCAACAGGGUGGAUGAGAGCAUAGCGGAAAUGGUGAACCUCGGCAAGGUGGAUGAAAGAGGGAUCUCGUUACCGGUAGCGCAGACGGUCCGGACUAUCGCGUCGAGGGCCAUGUGCGUCUUGUUCUUCGGUGAAAAGCUCUCUCAUGAUCAGGUCUUCGCUGACGCCCUGUUGCGUCAUCCGAAGGAGAUGGUCUCUUGCAUGGCAGCCUUCCAGGUGACGCCUUCUUUUCUCUCUCCGAUUAUCCAUAGUAUCUUGACCAAGCGAGGCGAAGCACAGGACAUCAUUUUGAAGCGUCUGGCGGACAUAAUGGGAUCCGGCCGUGGUACGUGGGAUGAGGAGCCGCGCAUGAAGGAACUCACAUUAGCGUGGAACAUGGUAGCACUUACUGAAGGCAGUGAGUACUGGCAGGGGCCAGACCACCUUGCUCAGUCUCUGCUCGGUAUCUGGUUCGCGGCAGCGCACCAGCCAUGGAUGAACCUAGACUUCAUCAUGCUUCAGCUUAGCGUCCGCCCAGAUAUCCAAGACGCUCUGAGGGAAGAGAUUGGUGACCAAGAAUCCCUGAAUUACGAGCGACUGCAGAGCCUUCCGCUGCUGGAUAGCUUCAUCAAGGAGACCGUGCGGUUGCAUCCUCUCGAUACUAUGGCUGUCCGAAGAAAGGCUCUGAAGGAUUACACCUUUUCGGGCGGCACACCCUUCUGCCCAUCCGGUUCCACGGUCUGCGUGUCCUCGUACGACAUGAUGCACAACGAGAAGGACUACCCGCGUCCGAACGAUUUCCAACCAAGACGAUUCGUGGACACGGAUUCGCCAGUCCGGGGCACCAAGUUCACCGAGGUAUCCGAAAAGUUCCCGGUCUGGGGCUUCGGGUCGUUGGCGUGCCCGGGCCGAUUCCACGCUUCAAUAGUGCUCAAGCUCAUCAUCUCGCACUUCGUGAUGCGAUAUGACUUGAGCCUGGAGAACGAGAAGGAGAGGACGCUGUGGUCGUGGGAGACGUUCACCAUGCCGUAUGAGUCCACAAGGUUUAUUUUGAAGGAGCGGUCUUCCUGUUAGGCCUCGAAUUUCGGCGUUGCUCUGCAUUUCGGAGGGUCGUCGGUUGAGUUUGGUAGCCGCAUGUUGCCACGAAUUUGACGAUUGAACGAUGGCCGGGCGAUGGGGGGUUAUUUGCUUCGGAGUCAGUCGAUGAAUUUAUGCUUUUCCUGGGUAGGAUACGAUGGAUGGCGUAUCUGCGUGAGUUC